AUGCAUCGCUCGUCGCUUUCCCCCACUCCCCCCAAUUCUUCUCCCGCACGCCCUCUCCGGUCCUCAGCGCAUCAGUCACGCGGUUCCGGGUCCCAGCCCUCAUCCUCUGCGCAUCCCCAAGCGUUCUACAAGGGGGAUGAAUAUUUGAUGGAAGUCCUCCCUGGCUGGAAGCCUAUGACCGAGGCUGAGCUCCAUCAGGAAAUCAAAGAUCACUUCCCAGGGGCCAACGACGGGAACAUACAGAAAUACAUCGACGGCAUGAAUCGGCGUGUGGAAGAGGUCAAGCGUCUGGGGGGAGUGCGCGUGAUCGGGGUGAAACCGAGGCGAGGCGAUUGGAACUUGUUUUCCGUCAGGAUUCCUGACUCGGAUUACACGAUUCGCAUGUGGAACGGCGGCAUGGAGGCUUACAACCAGUUCUGUCUCGACUUCUAUGAUCAUCGUCGUGACGUUCCUGUUAACCUCCCUCCCGGCUUCUCGCUCGGGCCGUCCCCUGUGAACAUGCAGGGCGUGUUCGGAAUGGCUGGUCCACUUGUUUCUUGGGAACAGGCUAUGGGCAUCAGAUCUGCAGAUAUUCCCGCAGGCGAGGAGAAGUGGAGUGUUCCAGAGGGCACGUAUCUCGUCGUCAGACGGGCUGAUCGUCCUGGGCAGGACUUCACGUUCGCGGUGCCGCGCAGGCAAACUCCACAGGCUGAAAUAGCGCAACCUGUAUUUGGGAGGCGACCAUAG